AUGUCUAUCUAUGGGAAAGUGCCAGUUUUCGAUUGCAAAACAGAUGAGUGGGUGGUACACGUAGCACAACUAUACAACUUCUUUAUUGCAAAUGGAAUCGACGAUAUCACAGAUGUUCAAAGAGUGAGAAGACGGGCAAUUUUAUUAAAUGGCAUGUUACAAGAUUCAUAUCGUCUUACUCGUGAUUUAUUGUAUCCAAAUACGCCUGAAUCAACCUAUUACAAGGUGAUUGUUGCUACGCUUGACGGCCAUUUCGACCCAAAAAAGUGUAUAUACGAUGAAAGACAAAAGUUUUGUUCGGCUAAAAAGGACCCUCACGAGUCGAUGGUGGAGUAUGCUGCUCGUCUUCGUGGACUAGCAUCGGCAUGUUGUUUUGGUACAGCUCUAGAGAUGUGUUUGACGGAUCGUUUUGUACUUGGUCUUGACUCUGCGUCUGCCCGAGGGAAAUUAUUUAGAGAAGAUCCCAAUCAGCUAAAACUAAAUAAGGCACUUGAAGUAGCUUGUGCAGUUGAAAGUGCGCAGCGUAUUGUUUCCGCUAGCGAUUCGGCUGAGUUAAUUAAGUCUGAACCUGUGCUGUAUACGAACUCGCAGCGAAAAGCUACUGCAAGCGGCGGUACACGAGGCGGUCGCGCCCGUGGUGGCAGCGACGGCGGAGCCCUCAGGUGUAGUGUGUGUGGUGCGAGGUCACACGAUACCUCCGAUAUGGCGGACGUAGAUGACGUCACCAGUUAUGUUAACACGCUAGUGGCUGCUGGCGUGCCACUGCCCGCUUCAUUAGACAAGUUGCGGGCAACCUUUCAUAAAGAUAAAUUUCUGUCACCUGUCAUGCAAUAUGUGACCAAAUCGUGGCCACGGAAAGUGUCAUCAGAACUUUUGCCAUAUAAUAGAUGCCAGCGUGAAUUAUAUGUUGAUAGCGGAGUUCUCAUGAGAGGUCACAAAAUUGUAAUGCCUACUGUUUAUAGGGCUGCUGUGCUACAAGAACUGCAUGCUGCGCACUUAGGAGUAAUUAAAAUGAAAAUGAUUGCUAGAGAACGCUGUUGGUAUCCGGGUAUCGACAGUGACAUAGAAAACAUGGCUUCUAACUGUGGUCGUUGCAUAUCCUUGUGA